AUGGAUUCUAGACAAGUCCAAAGUCAUGACUAUGAUGAACAUCACAAUCAUCCACAUGGCCAUGAUGUUGGCAUUGGCAUACAUCAAGAUGAGCACCAACAUGACCAUGAGAAGAAGUCUGUUGUUAAGAAAGUGAAGGCAAAGGCUAAGAAAAUCAAGGACAAAGUCACCAAGCAUGGUCAUCAUGACAAUGAACAUGAUCAUGAUCAGUAUCACUAUGAAGGUCAACAUAUCCCUGAUGAUCAUGAUUUGGAUGAGGAAGAUGAUGAAGAUGAAGAAAUGAUUGACGACCCUGAAGUCCAUGGUGCACCAAUUUAUGAUAGUACUGCUUUUAGAAGUGCUGUACCAGGGCAAACACAAUACUUGGCAAGUCCUAAUGUUAAUUUAGGAGGUACAUCAGUUAUGGGAGUGGAACCCCAUCAUCACCAGCCAAGAGUUGUAGUUGUUUCUUCAACUGCUGAACCUGAUCAAAGCAGAGUCACUGAUCCAAGUAAAACAUUUGUUGGCAUUGGAGAAGACAAGGCAAUGCAUCAUAAGGUUAAUUUGGAGAGACCAAUGGGAUUGGAGGAAGAUCCUCAUGCGCCACGUAGUAGUCCUCUUUCACAUGCUCCUGCCAAUUACCAAACCAAAGUCACUGAUCCUACUGGAGCAGGUGGUGGAGAAAUUGAUAUCACCCCAGUUGAGAGAUCAUUGGAAAGAAUGAAUAUCCAAAAUGAGGCAAGAGCUGACCAAGAAUCCAAGGUUCUUCCAACUAUUUCAGAGACUCAAUAUCCUUCUCAUCUUGGUGGGCUUGGCCACCACAACCACCGAUUUUCACCUGAGCUUUCAACAGCAACCAAAACUCCAUUCCCAACAGCUGAUAAAAGCCAUGAUCAGCACUUGCCACACUUGUCAAGUGAAAUCAAAACUCAAUACCCUUUUGCUGGAAGCCAUGAUCAAUUCGUGCCGGAAUUUUCUAACACGCACUACCCUCCAAUUAAAAGCCAUGACCAAAACUUGCCACAAGAGUCAACAGUUCAGUAUCCUUCUACUGAAAGCCAUAAUCAGUUUUCAGCAGAAACAAUUCCUAGAAGCUCUAAUAUAUAUGAAGAAAAUCCUCAGCAAGAACCAGCUUCCGACACCACCAAGGCUAGAUUUGAAGAACAAACCCAACCACCUUAUGAAGCAAUGGAGAAACCAUCAAGUCAAAGUAGUUACACUGACAAAAUCUCUUCAGCUACUUCAGCCAUAGCUGAUAAAGCCAUUACUGCUAAAAAUGUUGUGGCCUCCAAGCUUGGAUAUGGUGAGAAAGAUGAUAAAACAAAGUGCCAUGAAGAAAACACAAGCAGUGAUAAACCAUCGAACCAGAGCAGUUACACUGAGAAAAUCUCGUACGCAACUUCAGCAAUAGCCGAUAAAGCUGUGUCAGCUAAGAACACCGUAGCUUUGAAACUAGGUUAUGGCGAUAAAGGUGACAGCCACGAAGAGACACGAGGAGAGAAUGCUGCUGCUGCUACUUCCACAACAGAAUAUGGGAAGAGAAUAGCACAGUCCUUGACAGAUAGACUUGCACCGGUUUAUGGAAAGGUUGCUGGUGUAGGAAGUGCAGUGAAAUCAAAGGUUCCUGGAACCUCAACUGGGAGUGAAAGCGAUAGAGGAGUGUCAGUGAAGGACUAUUUUGCAGAGAAGUUGAGGCCUGGGGAUGCAGACAGAGCUCUAUCUGAGGUUAUAUCAGAGACUCUGCAUCAUAAGAGGAACAAAGAAGAGGAAAAUGUAGUUCACAAGAGAGGAGAAGAGGAGGAGGAGGAGGAGGAGGAGCAUGAGAGAAGGAAGAAGAUACCAAUGGGGAAGGUGACAGAGUCUGAAGAAGUGAAGAGAAGGUUGGGGAGUGGAAAUGAAGAGACAGAGAGGUAUGAAGAGAGCUAUGUAAAUAGUCCUGGGAAGAGUGUGGUUGAUAAGGUUAAGGAUGUGGUUUUUGGUUCUUGGUUUACUAAACCGGAUGAAAAUCAACCGUCAGAAGGUGGGGAACAAUUCCCCAAGAACUCUGGUGCUGUGGACGUGGAUCAGGCGGUGAACCAAGCCGCGGAUGCAAGACGACUCCAUGAGUCAUGUAAUUGAGAAAUUAGAUUCCUGUGAUUUGUAGUUGUAGUUUGUACGUGUGUGAAUGUGUGUGUCUGUCUAUCAGUUUGUGUACAUGUGAAUGAUGUGAUUUUGCAUCAUUGUCGGAC